ACAAUAGCUCCACAACCCACGCGCCGCCGACAACAUGUGGCAGCAACAAAAAUCAGCUCUUCCAUUCGACAUCAUCGAACCCAUCUUGUCAAGAUUACCGGUUAAGUCUCUGCUUCGAUUCAAAACAGUUUCCAAGUCAUGGAAUAAGAUGAUCUCCGAUCCCGUAUUCGCCCGUACUCAUCUCGACCGAUCCAAGUAUUCGAACCCCCACAAUAUUUUUCUACGCAUGUCGUCGUUCGGAAGUAGAUGCGACGACGAAUUGUUUUACAUGAUAAAAUUGGAAGAUGAUAAAAAACGGCUCCGAACCGUAAAACUACUCAACGGCCCCGACGAACGCUGGGACAAGAUAUUGUGCUAUUGCGACGGCGUUCUACUCUUAACCGACUUCUGGUACAGCACGUUUGUUUUGUGGAAUCCAUCAACCGGAACACACACUAUGUUUCGUUCCGACCGUGGGUUCUCUGGAUCGAGAUACGGGCUUUGUCAUGAUCCGACGAUUGGCGGUUAUAAGGUUGUUAUUAUAGAUAGUACGAUUACGGACUACUACUACGUAUUUUCCGCCAACUACAGAUACCGCAUGAAGAGAAAAGAAUUCGAUCGACUAGAUCAAACAGGACGAGAGAUGAAUUGUUCGCAAGUGAUGAAUCGUUCCGGAGUCUCCGUCGAUGGGGUCGUCUAUUUUUUCACGCGGUGCAAUAAUGAUUCGGAUAUAAUAUAUUUCGAUCCGAGAGAUGACAAGUUGAAGAUUUUGCCGAAGCCCGUGGGAGUAGAGGGGUAUAAUUGGUUUUACUUGACUUAUUUGGGAGGUUGUUUGUGCUUGUAUCGAACGGGGGGAGAAGACUUUACGAUGAUUGAAUUAUGGAUAAAGGAAAAGGGGAGGGAUAAUAAUUCUUGGAAGGUGUUGAUAACCGUUGAGAAUGAACGCAUGUUAUGUAGCUCGAUUAUGGACUUCGAUGCACUAUGCUUCGUAGAGAAUAAGGUUUUAGUUCAGUUAGGCCUUUCGAGAUUGUUGCUCUACGGUAGUUGCGGGAAGAAGUUUGAAGAAAUUGAGUUGGAGGAAGAGUUUGGUCGCUAUGGAACGAUUUCGUAUAGAGAUAAUAUAUUGGUUCCGUAUAUAGAUAGUUUGUUUUAUCCCGGUAAGAGAAUCGGGGGCAAGAAGAAGAAGUACGGUAAGAAAACCGGGGGCAAGAAGUUUGGUAAGAAAAACGGGAGCAAGAGAUAAGGUUAUUU